CUCGUCCCGGCGCCGCCGCCGUCGCCGGCGGCGGCGGCGGCGACGGCGAGCUGGGCGAGGCAGCCUGCCGCGGCUCGGGCAGCCAGCCGGACCGAGGCUUGCGCGGGGGCCUUUCAGGGGCCGUGCUCCGACGGGUGCCUGGCCACGAACAACGUGUGCUACCCGAUCAGCGAGGCCUGGUGCGACCUCUUCUCGAAGUUCGUCUGGUGUCCGGCUCCUACGGCGCCCACCAUCUCCACCACUACGGCGACACCCGCGCCCGCGACCUACGUCGUCGGCGGCGGAUACAGUAUUGCUUCCGGUGGGCUGGCAGAAACGUCAUGCUGCGACGUGGGUCUGCAGGAGAUUGCCACCUUCGAGGAGUGCCAGUCUGCGGCAGAGCAGCUCGGCAUUGCAGAUAUUCGAAUGUUUGGUCCGGCGGACUGGGGUCAUAUUCCUGCUGGCUGUACGGUACAACAGGGUGCAGCAACGCCAGGAUCGGGCGCAGUUGGGGCAAAUGGACAAGUUUACUUCAGCACCGCACCUGGGACCAACAACCGUGGCAACGGAGGAUACCUGUUGAUAUGCACGCAGGAGUCGAGCACGACCACGGCCUCGAGCACCACAGAGACCGGCACGUCUUCUGUGACGACCGCGUCGCAGGCGAGCUCGGUGUCCCAGACGAGCACGACACGGUCAACUACCACCAGCGUGACCAGCAUGUCUGAGACAAGGACGACGUCGUUCACGAGCACGUCGGAGUCAAGCUUGACCACGCUCACGAGCACCAGCGAGACCAGCACAACCAGUGUGACAAGCGUGACAGGGACCAGCGCGACAUCGUUGACAAGCACGACAGGCACAAGCUCAUCGACGCUGACAAGCACCACGGAGUCGAGCUCGACCACGGCCUCGAGCACCACAGAGACCAGCACGUCGUUUGUGACGACCGCGUCGAAGACGAGCUCAUUUUCCCAGACGAGCACGACAUGGUCAACUACCACCAGCGUGACCAGCAUGUCUGAGACAAGGACGACGUCGUUCACGAGCACGUCGGAGUCAAGCUUGACCACGCUCACGAGCACCAGCGAGACCAGCACAACCAGUGUGACAAGCGUGACUGGGACCAGCGCGACAUCUUUGACAAGCACGACAGGCACGAGCGCAUCGACGCUGACAAGCACCACGGAGUCGAGCUCGACCACCUCCUCGAGCACAACAGAGACCAGCACGUUUUCUGUGACGACCGCGUCGAAGACGAGCUCGGUAUCCCAGACUAGCGAAACAGGGUCAACUACCACCAGCGUGACCAGCAUGUCUGAGACAAGGACGACGUCGUUCACGAGCACGUCGGAGUCAAGCUUGACCACGCUCACGAGCACCAGCGAGACCAGCACAACCAGUGUGACAAGCGUGACAGGGACCAGUGCGACAUCGUUGACAAGCACGACAGGCACAAGCUCAUCGACGCUGACAAGCACCACGGAGUCGAGCUCGACCACGGCCUCGAGCACCACAGAGACCAGCACGUCGUUUGUGACGACCGCGUCGAAGACGAGCUCAUUUUCCCAGACGAGCACGACAUGGUCAACUACCACCAGCGUGACCAGCAUGUCUGCGACAAGCACGACGUCGUUCACGAGCACGUCGGAGUCAAGCUUGACCACGCUCACGAGCACCAGCGAGACCAGCACAACCAGUGUGACAAGCGUGACUGGGACCAGCGCGACAUCUUUGACAAGCACGACAGGCACGAGCGCAUCGACGCUGACAAGCACCACGGAGUCGAGCUCGACCACCUCCUCGAGCACAACAGAGACCAGCACGUUUUCUGUGACGACCGCGUCGAAGACGAGCUCGGUAUCCCAGACUAGCGAAACAGGGUCAACUACCACCAGCGUGACCAGCAUGUCUGAGACAAACACGACGUCGUUCACGAGCACGUCGGAGUCAAGCUUGACCACGCUCACGAGCACCAGCGAGACCAGCACACCCAGUGUGACAAGCGUGACAGGGACCAGCGCGACAUCGUUGACAAGCACGACAGGCACAAGCUCAUCGACGCUGACAAGCACCACGGAGUCGAGCUCGACCACGGCCUCGAGCACCACAGAGACCAGCACGUCGUUUGUGACGACCGCGUCGAAGACGAGCUCGACGUCCCAGACGAGCACGACAGGGUCAACUACCACCAGCGUGACCAGCAUGUCGCACAAGCACGACGUCGUUCACGAGCACGUCGGAGUCAAGCUUGACCACGCUCACGAGCACCAGCGAGACCAGCACAACCAGUGUGACAAGCGUGACUGGGACCAGCGCGACAUCUUUGACAAGCACGACAGGCACGAGCGCAUCGACGCUGACAAGCACCACGGAGUCCAUGUCUGA